GGAGAAUGUGAACCGGCCGCACCUUAUAAGGACAGGGCCUUGCGCAUGCGUACUCUGCGGAUCGAAGGGGGUGCGAGGAAGGAAAAAGAGGCGGGGAGUUCCAAGUGAGGCAGGAGAGCAUUUCUCUUAGCGCCCCCCCCCCCUUCGGCCGAUUAAAGACGCAGCCACCUGAGAGUCUCCCUCACUGCCCCCUUUCCUCCCUUCCUGCCCUGGAGCGAUCCGAGCGGGCUGAAAGAAGAGGGAAGGGGGUGUCACGUCCGGUAACGAUGUUGGGGUCGCCGGGGCAACAGCCCGGGGGGGCGGGGUCUGGGGCGACGGCCGGGGCAGCUGCCGGUUCUGCUGCCACUGCCGGCGGCGGGGCCGGGGGCGUCGCGAGCUUUCCGUGCGGAGGUGCGUCUGAGAGGCUGUUGGCGCGCUACGUGCAAGACUACCUGGAGUGCGUCGAGUCCUUGCCGCUGGACAUGCAGAGGUUGGCCUCGCUCCUGCGCGAGAUGGACACGCGCUGCCGUGAAGCUUUGAAAGAAAUUGAUGAGGUGUAUGAGAAAUACAAAGCUGAAGAUGAUCCUGCACAGAAAAAGCGUUUGCAGCAAUAUCUUCAGCGGGCUUUGAUCAACAGUCAAGAACUUGGAGAUGAAAAAAUCCAAGUAGUUACUCAAAUGCUUGAGUUAGUGGAGAACAGAGCCCGGCAGAUAGAGUCCCACUCUCAGUGCUUUCAAGAUCUGUCAGAUACUGAAAAACCUAUCGAAAAGUCAAAACAGGAUACAUGUCAACCAGAAAGAUCUUCACGAAGACCCCGUCGGCAACGUACUAGUGAAAGCCGUGAUAUAUGCCAUAUAGCAAAUGGAAUUGAUGAAUAUGAUGACCAGCCACCUAAAGAAAAAAGAUCCAAAUCUGCUAAGAAGAAAAAACGCUCUAAAGCUAAACAAGAACGGGAAGCUUCACCAGUAGAAUUUGCAGUUGACCCUAAUGAGCCAACUUACUGUCUCUGUGACCAAGUGUCUUACGGAGAAAUGAUAGGCUGUGACAAUGAUCUGUGUCCCAUUGAAUGGUUUCAUUUUUCAUGUGUCGGACUCACUUAUAAACCAAAGGGAAAAUGGUAUUGCCCAAAGUGCAGAGGAGACAAUGAGAAGACUAUGGAUAAAUGUACAGACAAAUCCAAAAAGGAUAGAAGAUCAAGGUAGUAAAUGCUCUAAUGCACAGACAGCUGUGUGGUUUCUAUAAAACUAUUUAAUAAGCAGAUUAGUAUUUUAGAAUAAUGCAUAAAACUAUGCAAUAAUUUUUAAGAUGUACAAUACUAUUGGAAUGUUCACAGAUGUUAAUACUAUUUUCUGCUUUUGAAUAUUCUGCACUAAAACCAAAAUUUUCAAACGGUCACAUGGGAGUAGCACAGAAGGAAUUCAGGAAUUCCAGAUUCCUCAUUCUUUUUAAUUGUGGAAUUAUGGUAAUGUCUGAUGAGGAAAGACUGGAAAGAUGAUCAUGUUAAAACUGAUGUGUUAACAAAUGUUGCAAUUGUAAAUUUAGUUGAAUAUAGCACAUUUUGCUGAGAACAUGUUAGUUCUAUGAUGCUUUUAGUCUUCAGAAUUCUAAAGAUAAUAUUUGAAUCUAUUGCCAAACUUUAAAUUUUAAGCCUUUGAAAAUAUAAAGCCAGUUUUUCUUGGUGUCUUCCAUGUGAUCUAUCUAUAUGUCAUUAAUUUAUUUUAUAUGAAUCUAGUGGUGAGCUUAUAAGUCUGUUUAAAGAAAGUAUAUUAAACAAAUACUGGAAGAGUUGCAAUCAGCAUUAAUUGCAGUCCUAAAUUGAACUAUUUGUUCUUCUCACUAUGCUCUUCAGUUUCUUCAGUCCUUUUGUGCCAUCUUGUUCAUAAUUCCUUGAAUUUUUUUUAAAAAAGUAUGUAAUCAUGUUGCAAAAUUUAGAUAUACAAAGAAUACAUAAAUACUGUAAGGUCAGUUUCUGAAGUAAGCUUGACUGGUCUUAAUAUUUUAUUUUGUUUUCCAGGCUCUAUGGGCUGAGCAAAAAACAUUAAUAGGAAAAAGUUGUUGUUCUCUAAAAGAGUAGUCCUAUAGGCAUAGAGAGAAUAUACAUCUGAAAUAUAGCAACUCAAUGAAAUAUUUUAUUUUAAUGACUAUGACAUGUCUUUGAAACAAAUAGUAAAAGUAUCCCCAAACUAAAUAUUUCUUUUAUGGAACAGUUUUGAAAUUGAUGCUAUAUACCUGUAGUCAUUUGACUGCCUAACUUAAUGUCAUAGAUGUUCACAGAUACUAAUUUUAUUUUUCUCUAGAAGAUUAGAGUAGUUCAUUUUAUUUAUUAGACAUAAGAGAGACUAUGUAAGUAAAUGUAUUGUAAAGUAACAAGAUAAGCAGGCCAACAAAAAAGUUCCAAUAUUGAAUUCUUGUUCCUAUGGUGUGAAAUAUUUGGCAGUUUCUCACAUUUUGAGGGAGGUUUGAAAAAAAGCUUGGAUACUACAAAAAUUUCAAAUUAAAUAUUCAAAAAUGAUUAUUUUGAAAGCAUGGUAGCACAGCUGCAUCAUGUGGACUAGAGACAUUUAGCCAUUUAACUAGAAAUUGUUCUACUACAUUAUUUCAUAUGGCUGUUAUAUCUAUGCUGAAUCUGAAAUUGUGUCUCAUGAAUUAAUUGUAUCUAAUAAACUGACCACAAGGUACUAUGUUUUCCCAAAAAUAAGACCCCCCCCCUUUUUUUUCUGACAGCCUAUUCAGCCAGCUCACUUGUUCUGCGGCUGAGGGAGCAGCUUCAUUCUGCAGCUGAGAAUGGAGCUUGGAUCUGCAUUUCACAGUCAAGAGGCCUUUCUGGAAAUGCAGAAAUGCAGGCCUGAGCUCCAUUCUUAGCUGCAGAAUGAAGCUGCUCCUUUGGCCGCAGAAGAAGUGGGCUGGCACGGCAAGUGUCGAUCCAUGGGAUAAGCUCUACCCACACCCUAGCUUGAUUUUCAGGUGUGCGCUUCACCCCAAAACUAGGGCUUAUUUUUGGGUGUGGCUUAUAUUAGGCCUAGCCCCAAAAAAUCAAGCUAGGGCUUAUUUUUGGGGUGGAUCUUACUUUCGGGAAAACACGGUAUGUCAUGGUCAAAUGGCAUUGCUUUCUUUUAUAAAUAUCAUGUCUUACCUUGUUAGGGGGACACUAAUUGCACAUUCAUAAUAUAGCUAUAAUAUGUUUUUAUUUUGAAUAUUUCACACACCCCCAAUAUAGUUCUGCAAUGGGCAGAUAAAUGAAAUUCUAACUUUCUAAUAUGUUUCUGUAGUUGCUGCUUCUUAUUUUUCUGAAUGAUCCAAGGAAAGAAAUCACACAGCAAUUUUAUGAUUGUGUGUAAAAUUUGGAAGAAUAUAAAGUUUAAUUGAUUGAUAUGUGCACUGCAACAUCAUUACCAUAAAACAGACUACUUACAUAUUCAUAGCUGUUUCUGGACACAAUACUUCUGUACUGAGAGAAUGAUGUGCAUUAAUGUCUGAUAAGACCAGCCACAAUACCUAUGUCUCUAUUUUUGAGAAAAAGUGAUUCUUAGUGAACUACAAUUAGUCAACUACAACUACAUAAAAUUAUAAUGCUUCCUAUUUUGAGAAACUGUAUUAUUGCUAUGAAGUUUUCUUUUGAUUUUUUUUUAAUAUGUUGCUUGAUAUAAUAUGACAAUCUCCUUGAUUCAAAAUUUUAUAAGCAUAAGCACAUGGAAAUUAGAAAUGUGCCACCAGAAUGUAUCAGCUACUUGGAUUUAAUCUUUUGCAUGCUACGAUUUAUGAAUAAAAAAUACUGGUUGUAAAAUUGUA